UCCAGGAUAUAAAUUAUAAUACCAGACCGAUAUAUGGAAGUUUGCCUUUGAAACUGGGUGUGUAUGAGAAACGGUUAAAAAAACAGUACAUCAGUAUUACAACCAUCAUUUCCACAGUUUGUUUAAUUGGCGAUCAGGAAUGGAGACAAGGAGAGUAGAAGAACCAUGCCUUGCAAUUGGAGUAAUUGCUGAUGUCCAAUAUGCUGAUGCAGAUGAUGGCUAUAACUUCAGCAAAACCAAUCGCCGAUACUACAGAACAGCUUUAAAAAUGCUUGACAAAGCGGUGACUUUCUGGAACAAAGAAGCACAGAAAAAGCCCCAGUUUGUGUUACAGCUAGGAGAUGUUAUUGACGGUCUUAAUAAAAGACAAAACACUUCAGAAUCAGGACUAGCUGAUGUUAUGAACUCUUUAUCUAAUUUUGAAGGUUGUGUUUACCAUAUAUGGGGCAACCAUGAAUACUAUAACUUCUCUCGGGAAUAUUUAUUAAAGUCGAGUCUGUAUUCAGGAAAUACGGCUUACAGUACACCAGUUCCAGGGAAAGUAUACUACACUUGUGAACCACAUCCUAACAUCAGGGUUAUAGCCCUAGACUGUUAUGAGAUAAGCAUGCUAGCAAGUCCACCUGAUUCGGAACAGUUUAAAAUGGCUGGUGAAUACAUGGCUAACAAUCUAAACACAGACAAGAACUCUGGAGAAGGUUUGGUCGGAGAUAGUAGAAGGUUCGUCAGGUUUAAUGGUGCAACAAGUGAAGCGCAAAUAGACUGGAUGAGAAGAAAUUUACAGGAGGCUGAGAAGUUGAGGCAGAAUGUGAUAAUUAUGGGUCAUUGUGGUGUAUAUGCUGAUGCUACAGAUGUUUCCUGCCUCUGCUGGAACGCCCCUGACAUCCUGCACGAGAUUCACGAGCACAGUGACAGUGUGUUAUGCUACCUCUCUGGUCAUGAUCACAGUGGUGGAAUGGCCUUUGACGAGAAAAACAUCCUACAUAUGGCAUUACCAGGAGUACUGGAGAACAACAGGGACUCGGAUUUCGGUACGAUGUACAUGUAUGCAAACAAGCUGGAGUUGGUGGGCAAUGGGCGUGUCUGGAAUGUAACACUACCAUUGAAAUACAAACUGACAAAAACUGAUAGUUAAUGUUAGCUUUACCUUAGGUUCUUUUAGUUUAAGUAAUAAAAUCUAAUAUUCUGAAUUCCAUGUAUACAUUUGUACAAAAAUUCUUUCCACCGUAGGGUAGAUUUAAAACUGAAACUGAUUUAGAAGUUUUAUUACAAUAUUUAUUGUACUUUGGGAAACUAUAAUAUCUUAGCAUUUUAUUAAAAUUUUAUUUUUGUUAUACUGUAUGUAUUUACUUAUUGGUUAAUAUAGAAUGUUAUUCUUGUAAACCUAUGUAAAACAUAUAACUGGUUAUUACUAUGGGUACACUUUUUUCAGGUUUUGAUUUUUAAUAUUUGCAAAUUUUGGUUCAUGCAUUUUUCUGAGAAGUAAUUUACUGUAUAAAAAGUGCAAAGACAAGGUUUAAUUUUCAUAUAGAUAAUUAAACCAAUAAUUAAAUCUGUCUUAUGUAAAUACUAAACCUUGUGUUGAAGCUUUAAACAAAUUUUUGAAAAAGCUGUUUGCUAACACUUGGAAGCAUGAGCAGUUUACUACUGGCGUAUGUUAAUUGUUAGACUGUUGUUACAGUGAGUGGAGUUACAACAUCAGUCACAGUGGAGGUGAUAAUGUUUAAUUUCCUUUAAUACAUGGUUUCUCUGAAAUGUGUACCAAUUGUUCAAAACAGUGAAGAAAGGUGUUUUUGCCUGAAGUGUGUAUCAAUGUAUCUUGCCAUGUUAUUAAUAAAUAUGUAAUAUUAGACAAUUUUAUGAGGGAAUUUUAAGCACUGUUUUUAUGGUUUUAAAGUGGGAACUUGAAUAUCUGUUUUGUUAUAUCCCCUCUUUGAAGAUGUAGGGAUAUAUUGCUUUGCACAUAUUAGUCGCAUCGGACGGUCUGUCCAGUAGAUUGAACGAUUUGCACCAAAUUACUUGAGAAUCACAUGACCCAGAACCUUCAAUUUUGUUAGCUUGAUUAGGCUUAUGAAAUAGAUGACUCCUAUCGUUUUGGGGGUCAAUAGGUCAAAGUCACUAGGGCCUGAAUUGUGAAAACCGUUACCACUCAGUAACAUGAGAACCACCUGACCCAGAACCUUCAAACUUGAUAGAAUGAUUGGGCUUAUGAAGAAGACGACCCCUAUAGCUUAUUGGGGUCAGUAUAUCAGAGGUCAAGGUCAAAGAGACAUGAACUUGAAAAGCGUUACUGCUCAGUAACUUGAGAAUGAUGUGACACAGAAUCAGUCUUCUAACUUGGUAGCAUCAUUGGGCUUAAGAAGUGGAUGACCCCUAUUGUUUUUGGGGUCAAAGGUCAAAGUCACAGGGGCAUAAAUCUUGAAAACAGUUUCUGCUCAAUAACUUAAUAACAGCUCCAGAACUUUUAACUUCAGAGCUUGAUUGGGUUUAUGAAGUAAAUGACCUUUGUUAUUUUUUGGGUCAGUAACUCAAAGGUCGGGGUCACAGGGACCUGAACCUUGAAAACUGUUUCCACUCAGUAACUUUGAACAAUUUGGCCCAGAACCUUCAAACUUGAUAGAAUGAUUGGGCUUAUAAAGUAGAUGAUCUCUAAUGUUUAAGGGGUUAGUAGGUCAAGGCCAAGGUCACAGGGACCUGAACAUUGAAGGCUAUAUCUUCUCAAAAGCUUGGGAACCACUUGACUCAGAACAAUCAGUUUUGGUAGCGUGAUUGGGCUUAUAAAGUAAAUGACCCCUAUUGUUUUGGGGGUUAGUAGGUCAAAGGUCAAGGUCACAGUGACCAUGGGAUUGAAAAUGAGACAAUCAGUCAUGGGGAACAUACAUGUUUUACAACCACCUCAUGUUUAUUUUGUAGUUUUUAAAACUUUUAUUCAGUGUUUUAUGCCCCUGCCAUAAAAUGGGGGCAUAUAGUGUUACCCCUGUCCGUGUAUAUGUUUUUAUGUUCGGGAAAUGGUGGUGUUCGUGUCCAGGCGAUAACUUUGAUAUGCAUGGUCCGAUUUCAGAAUAAUUUGACACAAAUGUUAAGCAUGGAUAGACGAUGUGUCUUGCACAAUAACCAUUUCACUAGCUCAAAGAUCUAGGUCACAGCCCUUGGUUGAACUUAGCCAAUUUUCACUACAUAAGUGGUCUUCAUGUCCAAGCCAUAACGUUGACAUGCAUGGUCCGAUUUCAAAACAAUUUGACACAAAUGAUAAGCAUGGAUAGACGAUGUUUUAUGUGCAACAACCAUUUCACUAGCUCAAAGGUCAAAGUCACAGUCCUUGUUGAACUUAGCCAAUUUUCACUACAUAUAUACUGGUAAUGUGGUCUUCAUAUCCAGUCCAUAACUUUCACAUGCAUGAUCCGAUUUCAAAAUAAUUUGACCCAAAUGAUAGGUCAAGGUCACAGUCCUUGGUUGAACUUAGCCAAUUUUCACUACAUAAGUGGUCUUCAUGUCCGGUCCAUAACUUUGACAUGCAUGGUCCGAUUUCAAAAUAAUAUGACACAAAUGAUAAGCAUGGAUAGACGAUGUGUCGUGCGCAAAACCGUUUCACUAGCUCAAAGGUCAAUGUCACAGUCCUUGGUUGAACUUAGCCAAUUUUCACUACAUGUACAGAUUACUAAAUUUUCUGGUUUUCCCACAAUACUUUUUUUAGUUUGUGAGCAUUACCAUGCCUAUUACCUUUCUCAUGUUGCGGGUGCAUCCAUGUCUGUGACACAUUUCUAGUUAAAAAUAUCCAUUCCUAACCUACUGAAUAGAAAUGUUAAGAUUAUGCCCAGAAGCUUAAGGGGUAAUCUGAAAAAAUAACAUAUCUUUGUAUUACAUAGUCAAAGAUUUUGUGAUCAGUUUUAUCUGCAAAGGUUAAACAUUAAUAGAUCUAUAAAUGUGUUUGAGAUACAUUGAUUUCUCAAUAAUCAUUCAUAAUAUACAUGUAUAUUGAGUCAUUAUGUCUCCCACCACACAGUGGUGUGGGAGACAUAUUGAUUUACUCCAGUCUGUGUGUGUGUCUUUCUGUGUGUCUGUCUGUCACAAAGCUUGUCUGCACUCUAAGUCAAACAUUUCUCAUCCGAUCUUCACCAAACUUGAACAAAAUGUGUUGUACCAUAAGACCUAGGCCAAGUUCAAUAACUAGCCAAAUCGGUUCAGGCAUAUUGGAUUUACAGCCCUUGAAUUACCAAAAAUCGCCCAUUUUACUCUUGUCCGCACUCUUAAGUCAAACAUUUCUCAUCCGAUCUUCACCAAACUUGAACAAAAAGUGUUUGACCAUAAGAUCUCAGCCAAGUUUGAUAACUAGCCAAAUCUGUCCAGGCAUUUUGGAGUUCUGGCCCUUGAAUUACCGAAAACUCGGCAUUUUUACUCUUGUCUGCACUCUAAGUCAAACAUUUCUCAUCCGAUCUUCACCAAACUUGAACAAAAUGUGUUUGACCGUAAGACUUGAGCCAAGUUUGAUAACUAGCCAAAUCUUCCAGGCAUUUUGGAGUUCUGGCCCUUGAAUUACCGAAAACUCGGCAUUUUUACUCUUGUCUGCACUCUAAGUCAAACAUUUCUCAUCCGAUCUUCACCAAAUUUGAACAAAAUGUGUUUGACCAUAAGACCUCAGACAAGUUCGAUAAUGAGCCAAAUUGGUCCAGGCAUUUUGGAGUUCUGGCCCUUGAAUUGUAGUGAGUAAACAGUAUAUAAAGACUGACUUGCUAUUUAGAUGAUUAGGCAUUUGUGGGAGACAUUCGCUUUUCACAAAAGCAGCUCUAGUGUUUUUUUGUUUUUAAUUUCAUCUGUUUUACUUUAAAUCUCUUUUUAUAUGCCCGUUUUGGAAUAACGGAAUGUAUUAUGUGAUGGUGCCUGCAUCUGUCUGUCCAUCCAUCCAUCCGUCUGUCCGUCAUAGUUUGUUUCUGGAGCAUAACUUUCUAAUCAUUAAAGUUGUUGACUUUAAACUGUGCUUAUAGGUAGAUGACAAUAAGACGAUGUACAGAGCUUUUGAACAGGCUCUGUAGGUCAAAGGUCAAGGUCACAAAUUGAGCUAAAAGGUCAAAACUGCCCAUCAUAUUUUUUAUGUCAGAAGCAUAACUAAAUAACCAUUCAAGAUAUUGACUUUAAACUUGGCAUGUAGGUAGGUGGUGAUGAGACGAUAUGCAGAGCACAAGAACCAGGUCUGUAGUUCAAAGGUCUAGGUCACAAAAUAAGCUCAAAGGUCAAAGUCCAUCAUAUUUCAUGUCUGUAGCAUAAUUUAUUAACCAUUCAAGGUAUUGACUUCAAACUUUAUAUGUAGGUAGGUGGUGAUGAGACAAUGUGCUGAGUGCAUGAACCAGGGUGGUAGGUCAAAGGUCAAGGUCACAGCAAGGUCAAAUUUGACCAUCAUAUGUCCUGUCCAGAACAUUACUUAAGAUUGUAUUUUUUAUUUGGCAGAUCCCUUUUUUGUUCACUUACAAUAUUUUUCAUAGAAUUAUUUCCCUUUUUAGCUCACCUGAGCACAAAGUGCUCAACAAGGUGAGCUUUUCGGAUUGCCCUGUUUCCGUCAUCAGUCGUCCGUCAUCAGCUAUUUGACAGUUAACACUCUAGAGGUCACAAUUUUGGCCCAAUUUCAAUGAAACUUGGUCAGAAUGUUACCCUCAAUAAAAUCUUGGCGGAGUUCAAUAUUGGAUCAUCUGGGGUCAAAAAAUAGGUCACCAGCUCAAAUGAAAGGGAAAAGCUAGUUAACACUCUAGAGGCCACAUUUAUGAUAAUAUCUCUAUGAAACUUGGUCAGAAUGUUAAUCUUGAUGAUCUUUAGGUCAAGUUAAAAUCUGGGUCAGGUGGGGCCAUAAACUAGGUCACCAGGUCAAUUCAAAGGAAAAGCUAGUUAACACUGAUGACCAUAUCUUAAUGUAACUUGGUCAGAAUGUUAAUCUUGGUCUUUAGGUCAAGUUAAUUCUGGGUCAGGUGGGAUCAAAAACUAGGUCACCAGAUCAAAUCAAAUGAAAAGUGUGUUAACACUUUAGAGGCUACAUUUAUGAUAAUAUCUCUAUGGAACUUGGUUAGAAUGAUAAUCUUGAUGAUCUUUGGGUCAAGUUCAAAUCUGGGUCAAGUGGGGUCAAAAACUAGGUCACCAGAUCAAAAAAUAAAAAAAUGUUUGUCUUAAUGAAAUCAAGGCCAACUUAUAUUCCAGCUUAUCAGGGGUUAGAAUUAGGUCAGGUGAGAGAUACAGGGCCUUCAAGGCCCUCUUGUUUCUUACUAUAAUUAACUUUUUUAUUAUUGGCCAUAGGGUAAAACCUAGACCACUUUUCUGUGGAUUUAGUAUUUUUUUUUUAGAAUUUCUUCCCAUAGAAUUUUUUUUAGAAUUUUUUCCCUUUUUUUUUCCUGUCCUUUAGGCUUCAACAGUCUAGUUCUUUAAAAUUUGCCCUUAUUCUCCUCUGAUAUAACACUUCAGUGUAUAUUGCCAUGCUUGGUGGAGCUCGUUUUGUUUGGUAAAGAUAUUUGGUUGAAAUUUGGGUCAUUAGAUAUUUUUUAACAUUUUAAAAAGUGAUAGUGUUUUUAAACAAAAUCAUUGUACAUGUUAAAAUUACAGUUAAUCCAUUAAGAAAGUCUUACUUAUAAAGUUCAAGAAUAUUUUCAGAUGUAUUAUAUUUAAAUUUAAUUCAAAGACAAAUUUAAAAAAAGGUAAUUUGUUUCAUUUUUUCCUGUAAAAUGUUUUUCUGUCUGCAUUUGAAUUUAUACAGCUGAAUUCAGUUAAGCCAAGGGUACACACAGUUCAAUGUAUAAAAACUUUUAUGUGAAUGGUGAUAUAUGGUAAGCAUUUUUAUGCAUUAAAGGUUAAAAUGGUGUUAUAACACACUAUAUUCAGAAUAACAUUAAAUGUUUAUAAUUACAAAAUGUAUAUUACUUCGGUGACACAGAUUGUGACAAUUGAUUUUAAAAUAAUCUUGAUUACUUUAAUUAUUUCUAAGUCUUUUUGUGAGAUUUUAGGGUAUUUAAUUUCCAUGUUUAUUUUUAGUCUGUAUAUGUUUAAGAUGUUUUCACUUUAAAAGUAUUUUAUGAGUCAUUGUCUAACCAACCUAGAUGUAUACAUUGUUAUGAUAGGUGUAGUGAAGAAGGGACUAUUUAUUGAGCCCUGUGUUUGACAUGAGAUGAAAUCUUUGUUUUCUGAUUUUGUGUAACAGUUGCUUUAAAGAACAAGAAAAGGAAUAGAAUUGAUAUUCAAAUUUUGUUUAUUGUCAUCAGUAAUGGAAACUGAUUCACAUUUAUUGAGCUUCACCAUGAGAAAACUAACAUAGUGCAUUUGCGACCAGCAUGGAUCCAGACCAGCCUGCGCAUCUGCGCAGUCUGGUCAGAAUCCAUACUGUUCGCUUUCAAAGCCUAUUGCAAUUAGAGAAACCGUUAGCAAACAGCAUGGAUCCUGACCAGACUGUGCGGAUGCGCUGCCUGGUCUGGAUCCAUGCUGGCUGCAAAUGCAUUAUGUUGGUUUUCUCAUGGUGAGGCUAAUAUGACAUUGCUUUGCAGAAUUGAUCAAAGGUGUGCUACUCAAAUCCUCUGAAUUAAAACACUGUGAGUUUGAGAUGAGACUAUUUAUGUAAGAUUUCAGUAACUUGUAACUCUUCAUUUAACUUAGGGUUGAAUACUACUGAUAGUUCUCUUGAUAUGUAACAUGUUAUAACUGUAUUGUUACAAAAUAGCUGUGUAGAAACUUUAUAGGUAGAUUAAAGCUCUCCAGUAAAAAGGGUCUGUGUACCCUAAAGUAGUUAAGUGAACGAAAAGAUAUUAACUUGUGUGAAUAAAACUGGGGCAUGUGUGAUUGGAAGGUUUUAUACAUUAAGGUAGUAGAGCAAAUAUAUUUAUUUUUUAUGAAUAACUUUUUAAAUGAAAAAACCUUAAGUCUGUGAUAUUUUUGUGAUAUGAUUAGGUUUUGAAUUGUGUUGCUUUAAUAUUAUAAUUCGUGUGACAAUUGUAUUUAAGCCAAGGUCCCUGUUCUUUCCUCUGACGAGGUGGUGUUCAUAAUGAGUGCUUUGUGGGGAAUAUGAACUAUUUUAAAUUUUGUUGCUUUGUCAAAAAGUAUUGUUGCUAUUGCAGCAAAGAGCCAAGAAAAUUAUGCAUGUUAUUUUGAUUGUUAGCACUUUUGAGAAUAAGCAGGUUUUUAUUUUGUUGAAACACUAAAACAGUAGUUCCUAAACAAACAAAUUGUUAACAUAAAACAAAAUAAAAUUCUGGAGAUGUUUUCAUUUAGAUAGAUAUAUUUAUGGUAGUAGGACAAAAUUAAUGUGCGGUCAUUUUAUGUUUCGCUACAUCUAUAUUUAUUGUGGUUGUUGUGGCAACUAAUAUUCAGAAAUACCUUAGGCCAUACCAAAUUGAUAUGUCGUUCGUCGGAACUACCGCAUCAAUAAUUUCAUUCCCGAGAAAAAAAAUAAAAAUCACCCGCCCGCACGUACAAUAAAAAUCUCCGAAAAAAAAAUCUUUUUUUCCCGAUCACGCGGUCCGGAAUAAUAACGGCAAAGCAGGUUUUAUCGCUGUUUUAAUGCGUCAAAGUGAUAUUGAUCGGAUUUCAUGCAUCCGUAAUACAUGUUACUGAUGACCAAAACUCAAAAAGUCAGGAAUUAUGGUGUUGUUCAUCAUUUGUUUUAAAUCUGGAGUGUCUGUGCUAGUGCCACACAUGGCCUUUGAUGUGUCGGUAGGUAAUGAAGUAGGCAUGUUCUACUUUUGUUCAAUACAGUGAAAGGAACGAAGCAUGACUUGUAAGACGUGCACGGGGAUGCAGUUAAAAAUAUUUGGAAAUAUUGUUCAGAUAUAGUUUUCAAACUAUUUGUUAUCAGUUGUUUAGUUCAGAAUGUUAUAUCUAGAGCCCAAAGCUGAGGCCGACUACUAUCUUAAAAAAAUGUUUGUUCACAGAUCCUGACCGACCUAUCACAUUGUCUAGGCCAAAUCUUUUUGAACGUAACUUCUUUAGUACAGCAGUCAGAUAUUCUAUUGAAACGCAUUUAGUCAAUUUAAAAAUUGUUUAGCUUUUCAAAUAAGUAGUGUAGAUAUAAAAUCUGUCCUUUUGUAACCCCAAUUUUGCCUAUUUGUCUAUUACUUGGCUGUGAAUUGAUAGAACGAAAAAAAAACUGGAAAAAACAGACCUCCCCAACUCUAAAUUUCUAGUUCAGUCAAAGCAAAACAAACAACACUUUAAGGAUGGCCAUAUAACACUUUAAGGGUGGCCAUAUUGGGAUCAUUCUUUGUCAGUCUUGUUAUCAUUUUUGCCUGAAAUGAAUCUCCACCACAAAAAACAUAAGCUAGCCUGAUCUGGUAAGAAAUUAUUCCAAAGGGAUUCGAGCAAUGUCGAAGCAUCUGUAUGACCAACUCUGGUCUCACUGGUCAAGUGGUUUGUUACUUCCCUUCACCUCUAUGGGUUGGAGUUCCACUAGGGGCACAAAGUUGUUCAUGUGCCGAAGCCAUCUAACUGUGCUUCAGAAGAAAUGUUAUUCCACACAUGUGCCUGUUUUGUCUUAAAUAUUCCUCAUGCUGUGCCGUUAAAUAGGCAGGCCUUCAGAUAAAUGUAGAAAAAUCAAAAUUAAAAAUAAGACACUCAUCCCUUAGAAAUUAUAACUAAAAAAAACCAAAGUGAUUCAGUGAGGUUUGGCAAGAAUUUAUUUGCAAAAUCAUUCAUGUAGUCUUUAAAACAUAAUAGAAAAGCUAUAUACUGUGUUACCCACACUGUAAAUGUUUGAUUUCUGUGUUAUUUCUAAAGAAAUGUUAACUUCAUGUAUAAUCAUAACCACCUCCUCAAGGGUCCAAGCUGGGAAAAAAAAAAUAAAAAAAGCCCGCCCGCUCCAUGUAAAAUCUACCCGCCUCUGAAAAAAUCAAAAUUGAGAAAAAAAAGAAUAAAAUAAAAAUUUCGCUCGCCCGCUCCAAUUUUUUUUGAAAAUUUUCCGAAGAACUAUUAAUCAAUUUGGUAUGGCCUUAUUCCAUUUGUUGAAAGUUAUGUGCCCCUUCUGGUAGGGGGCUAUUAAUGCUGGGACAUUUAUUGUGUAAAUUUGUUUGAUGCAAUCUUGUUUUGUUCAUUUGCAUGAAAACAGUUAUAUUACUGAU